UUGACCCGAGGAGUUCAUUUUGCGUUGGCCUUUGGAAGUAAAAUAUUUGAUCUUGAGUUAAAAACAAACAUCAGGUGCAUUAACUUCUGAACAGAUUUCAAAACUUAUGUUAUUUAUUUCGGCCACCGGCUGACUAAAUAGUGAUUUUAUUAUGACUUCUUUGGAAAUCAAAAAAGAACUUGAUAGUUUCGACAGACAGAUCUGUCGGCUAUGUUUGAGCGAAGAUUCACUUGAAAGUAUAUUCAAGGAAAACGAUCUCCAUCAAUGGAUAUCGGAUUAUCUAUCGAUAGCGGUCUCAAUUGAUGACCGCCUGAGUCAAACCAUAUGUUCUGUCUGCCGAUUGCGAUUAACUGUCUUUCACCAAUAUCGGAUACAAUGUCACGAAGUGCAAAACAAGCUGCUCUCUAAACUCAAAGAUGAAGAUGAAAAAGCUGCCACCAGCAAAGCGGAUCAUUCAAAGACGGAUACGGGAACUGCAUCACAAGCAUCACGGGUAAGAAAAGGGCAGAAAGGUGUACCGCCGUUCCAGUGUGACGUUUGCCAUAAGGUGUUUCUUGUCGGGAGGCAACUGACGGAUCACAGAAGGACACAUAGACCAAAGCAUGUGUGCAAAUUUUGUGGAGCCUCGUAUGUACGACGUGAUCAGUAUGAAAGACACUUAGAAAAAACCCACGCAAACGAAGUUUUGCAAGAUCAAAAUGAAGCUAAGACAGACGAUAAGGGGCAAACGGAAGGCGAACAACGCGAAAUAAAAACUGAACCUCCUGAAGAACAGUCCUCUGUAGUAGGAGCACGUGAACAAAUUGAUGAGCUGGAACCUAUGAAUCAAUCACAAUAUUCAAAGGUGGAUGAAUCUACUGUACAAGAAGAUGCAGAACUGAAAUCAAAUGCAAUUGAAUUUCAAGAUGAUGAGUCUAGUUUGGGACAUUCAGACGAAGAAGAAUAUCAGACAAAUGUUAUAGAGGAUAUAAUUGUCGUCGAGGAAGUGAAAAUAGAAACUACUCAGGAGGAAGACGAAUCCACAUCUCAAGUUGCUCUAACAACGUAUAUGACAGUGGGGGAUGUUGAUGCCAAUGAGAAAGAGCUGCAGAAAUUGGCAAAGGCUGCUAAAAAAGAGAGAGUUUAUACCGGCGACCCUUUACAGUGCAAGAUAUGCUUCAAGCAAUGCCGGUCCAAACAGGCGCUAUGGUGCCACAACAAAUCUGUUCAUGGACCGAAGAAUCAUGGUUGCGUACUAUGUGGAUUCAAAUUUGCUUCACCAAGCGAUUUGCAUGCUCAUUUUCAGUGCAAACAACAUUUGAGAAAGAAGAAAGAAGCACGCGAAAAUGGAGUUAACGUAGUGGAGAUCACUAAAAAAGGCACUGAAGAAGACAAAUCAAACAAGAAACCAGAUGAAGGUAUCAAUGAAACAGUUGAUGAUACUGUUCAAUCGUCUAAUAAAGCUCUAGGUGCAUCCGAUCCAUCUAAGCUUAAUGACACACAGGAUAGCAUUAUUGCUGAGGCUGAUACUAGUGUCGAACAGAAGACUGAAACCACAAAGAGUGUCGAUAGAUAUCCUUGCACAAAAUGUAAUCGCUCUUUUACCAGACAAUGUCAGCUGAAAAACCAUUUGAGAAAUCAUGACGAAAAAGCUAGGAAUGACGGGGAGUCGAGCUUGAGCGAUGAUGACGAUACAGACUAUAGCGAAAGUGCUUCCGGUGUGAACCAUUCUGAGCAAGGGAAAGAAGGUAGUGACGAUGAAGAACAAUUGCAAUGUGAUCUGUGCGAUAAAGUGUUGGAAAGUAAGAAGAGGCUGCAGGACCACAAGCGUAACAAGCAUAGACCUAAAAACAAUCCUUGUCUCAUAUGUGGCAAGCCUUUUAUAAUGAAGAGUUCUAUGGAACAUCAUAUGCGAAUUCAUCGACCCAAAGUCAAACGUAAGCGUACGAAGCCAUCAGAUGAAGAACAUAGACCGUUUAAGUGCGACGUAUGUGAAAAAGCUUUCAAGAUCAGGAGAAAUCUGAUAUAUCAUAAAAAAUAUAUCCAUGGUCCGAAAAACCUCGAGUGCCACAUUUGCGGUUUUCGCUUUUCAAUGCGUUUUGCAUUGGAUAUGCAUGUACAGAGACACAUACGUUACCGUGACAGUAGAGAGGACUAUCUACCAUUUCUACAGAAACAACAAAAAACAGAAUCCAUAACUGUUGACGAUGACGACUCAAAAAGCGAAUUGAAAGAAUCCACCGAGAGCUCCAUAAAGCUUUUAGGCACAGAAAGUGAACCCAAUAGUUCAACCAUCGAAUGUGGUCAAUGUGAUAGAGUUUUCCAGGACCAGAGAUCCCGGCUGCUUCACUACAAAUAUGCACAUAAAAAGAAGCUAAAGUGCUCCGUAUGCAACGUCAUGUUCUCUUCACACAAGCGGAUGGUAAUCCAUAUGAUCAAGAGGCACAAAAAAGAAGAUGGUAGCUAUCAACCCAUGAAAUGCGAGAUAUGCAACAAGGUUUUUCCAACCACGAGUCAAUGGACAGAACACAAGAUCAUUCAUGGACCGAGGAGAUAUUCCUGCAAGCUUUGCCCCAAAACUUUCACAAAAUCGCAGCAUUUAAAAUCACACUUGAAUUUCCAUGUGGACGUGGGAGAUGAUUUCAUGAAACCUGCUCGUGUGAGAAAAGGUUAUGAAUGCGAAAUAUGCCACAAGGUAAUCCAACUCAGGAAACAUAUGCAAGGUCACAUCCGUAAAGUGCACGGAUCGAUACUCCAUGAGUGUACGACUUGUAAAAGACUAUUCAAGGAACGUCAAGAGCUAGAAAUUCACAUGGAAACGCAUAAUGCGCCACACCAAGAAGAUGGGAAGCUGUCAGAAAGUUCCAAAGGAAAUGUUGACUCGUUGAAUCAGGUUGAAAAGACAGAUAACCAAUCUGUGAAUACCAGCGAGGCUAAUUCAGAAACUGCAACGAGCAAAAGCAAAGAGCGUCAAGACCAGGCUUCAGAGCAGAUUGGAGAGUUUGAGUGUGGUGAAUGUCACAAAGAGUUCAAAAAUACUAAAUAUUUGUACAAUCACAUAAGAAAUGUGCAUGAACCGAAGCAGCAUUUAUGCUCGUCAUGUGGAAAAGCAUUUUUAUCACGGCAAUACCUGAUAAGGCAUCAGUCAACUCAUAAAAAUGACCAUCAGCCACUCAGUUGUACAAAAUGCAACAAAACAUUUCCAUCGUGGAGAAAAACAUAUAUGCAUAUGCGACUCCAUGCUCCAAGAAUACAUAAAUGUAAUGUUGAUGAUUGCACUAAAGCUUAUACUACAAAUGGACAGUUAUUAGUUCAUAUGAAGAGUCACAAUUCGAAAAAACUCAGUGAAGAAAAACCAGUUGACCAGUCCAAUGAAGACGAAAAUUCUCAGAAGAAAAAGCGUAAGAGCGUCAAACGUAAGACAUAUUCCUGCACAAUAUGUGUUAAAAAGUUUCGCUCAAAGGUCAAAUUAGAUGCGCACAACGAGGAGAAACAUCAAAGCAAUAGAAAACAGGCUGAACAACAACCGGAAUCGAAUGCGCCACGAGAAAAAGACGUAAAUCGUGCCAGCUUACCAGAUGGCUCUGUUAUCUUGUUUGAACCUGAAGAGUUCAAAAUUGAACCGGAGUGAAAUGUUUAUUGUAAUAAUUGAUAAUUUUAUAAUUGAUAAUAUAAUUUUUUCUAAUACAGACAA